AACAGCAAGUCCCAUAAUUCAUCCUCGACGCAUUAAUCAAGAGAUUUUAAACAAAAGCCAUGGAUUCGAAGCCCAUGCCGGUUUAUGAAGACUUCGCGGUCCGCACUGAAUGGGCUCAUGAAACUGCGGACAUCACUUUGAUUGCACAUUUACCAGGGUUUAGUAAGGAUCAACUUAAAGUUCAAGUAACAAGUACGGGGAACUCGAGGAUAUCAGGAGAAAGACCAAUUGGUGGCAACAAAUUCAACCGUUUCUUCAAGGAAGUCCCCGUUCCAUCAAAUUGUGACCGGAACAAGAUCAGAGCAAAUUACAAGGAUAAUAAGCUUUAUGUUAAGUUCCCGAAACUGAUCGCCCCUGUCGAUGAGAAGUCGGAAAAAGCUAAACCAUUGAUCGAAGACCAGACUCGAAGGGCUGCAGAUGUGCCCGAGAAACAAAAGAACGGUGUAGAACAGGCAAUUCAAAAACGUCCCCCCAAGGGCAAGGAGGCUGACGAAGUUUCAGAGCAAACACCGGGUAAACAAAAGGAGAUCAAAGAUGACAGCAAAAGCAAUGCAUCUAAUGAAUCUGAUCCCAGGCUGAUGGAGAAGGACAAAAAGGGUAGCCGACAGAGUGAAAAGCCUUUCGAUUCUGUCCCAUAUGCUGCUCAAGAACGAGUUAUUGGGGGUUCAGCCAAGGGGAUAAAGAAUCAAAGGAAAGUUAUGAACAUGGUCUUGGCUGUUUUAUUGGUUGCGGUGAUUGCAAUUUACUUCAAGAAUGCAAUCAUGGCAUUGAGGAACUACUAGAAACUAAGCUUUGUGGGAAGUUAAUAUUGAAUGUAGUUUCUAUUUUAUGAUGUGUUUGAGAAUCAAUAAGAGACAUGAAUUCAAGUC